AUGGAAGGAGUGGUACACCGAACAGUGGAAGUGAACGGCAUAAAAAUGCAUGUAGCAGAGAAAGGGGAAGGUCCUGUGGUGUUGUUCCUCCAUGGCUUCCCUGAACUCUGGUACUCCUGGCGCCACCAGAUUCUGGAUCUUGCUUCCCGAGGAUACCACGCUGUUGCUCCAGAUCUACGUGGCUACGGUGACACGGAGGCACCACCUUCAAUCAGCAGCUACAACUGCUUGCACAUAGUGGGUGAUCUCGUUGCCCUUAUCGACUCUCUGGGUGUCCAACAAGUCUUCCUCGUGGCUCAUGACUGGGGUGCCAUCAUAGGUUGGUACCUCUGCAUGUUUCGCCCUGACAGAGUGAAGGCCUAUGUCUGCCUCAGUGUUCCUUUCCUCCGCAGAGACCCCAACGUGAGAACGGUAGAUGGCAUGCGUGCUAUGUAUGGAGAUGACUACUAUAUCUGCAGAUUUCAGAAACCGGGUGAAAUGGAAGCCCAGAUGGCUGAAGUUGGCACUGAGUAUGUUCUGAAAAACAACCUUACAAAUCGUACACCUGGUCCUCCAAUCUUUCCCAAGGGAGAGUUUGGAACCGGAUUCAAUCCGGAUAUGCCUGAUACCUUGCCCUCUUGGCUCACACAAGAUGAUCUUGAUUACUUUGUCUCCAAAUUCAACAAAACGGGUUUCACUGGAAGCUUGAACUACUACAGAAAUUUCAACUCAAAUUGGGAGCUCACGUCACCAUGGAGUGGAGUGCAAAUCAAGGUUCCGGUAAAAUUCAUUACGGGAGACUUGGACAGUGUAUACACCUCACUGAACUUGAAGGAGUACAUCCAUGGUGGAGGUUUCAAGGAAGAUGUGCCAAAUUUAGAAGAAGUGAUUGUGUUGAAAGGAGUAUCUCACUUCAAUAAUCAAGAAGCCCCCCAGGAAAUCAAUGCUCAUAUAUACGAUUUUAUCAACAAGUUUUCACCACAUGCACAUGCAGCUGCAAAAACAACCUGA